CACCCUGCUUGUGCAAGCUCCCUGGGAGCGCGCAGCACCGCAAUACUGGAGAACACAGUGGAACACCAAUUGUCCUACGGCACCUCUCUGCGAGGUCCCGAUCAUGUGAUCACUGAUUGGCCAAUGACAUCAUUACUUACUACGUGAUGUAAAAGCAAUCAUUUCUCUUUCUGUCUCUAUUGAGAACUACUGAGUGAGCUGUGAUUGGUCACAGCUUGUCACAUGGUACAAGGCUGUUGUGAAUAGCCUUGUACCAUGUGACCUCUGUGAUCAUUCACAGAU